UAUAUGUUAUAUUAAAUAAUUAAUUAUAAACUAAUAUAAUAAAAUUGUGAAAAUAUUAGUCAAACAAAAAUAUUUAUAUAAAGAUAUUUUGUAAACUAUUUCUAAUAUAUGAGUGUUUUAAAACUUUUAACAAAAUAAUAAGUACAUAAUUUGAUGAACGGUUUUUUGACAUAUAUAAAUAAUUUGAUCUUUGAUUUAACUAUUUAAAAUCAUAAAUAAUAACUUAACUUGUGACUAAAUUCAAAACAAAUUUUCUUGCUUUUACUUUAAACCAGUUUUAUCCGUGAAACACUAUAGCUUCAAUUGGUGACCACUAGAAGAAUGAAAAAAUGAACAAAAUAAAAAAUAAAAUUUUAUUUGAGGAAAUGAGAAAAUAAAAAAGAAUAAGAAUUUUUGUUCAAUUUGUUCCUUAUCAAAAUUGCAUAGGGAAAUUGUUUCUUAUAAAUUCAUUCCUCCAUGAGAAAUUUAGAAGAAAAAAGUGGGAUUUACCUUUCAAUAAUUUGACUAAAAUUUUAACAUAACUGGUAUAAAUUUUGAAGAACAAAGACUUCACCAUAAUUUUUUUCCUUCGACAUGUUCACCAAUUAGAGUUCUAUUAUGCCGAUUUUUGAAUUAAUAAUACAUAAAAUAAUAAGUAUUCGUAAGAUGAUUAUGCCUGCAUGUGCGGGCAAAACACCUAAUUACUUUUAUAAAUGCUGAAAAGUAAAAAAAAAAGGUAUAUUGUUUACCUGAAAUUCUGAUUGGUCAAAUGUUUUGCAACUCUAUUUAAUUCUCUAUCAAAUCCAUUCGUCUUCAACUUCCGCCAACUUAACUCUAGAACAUAUUUCAUCCAAACGUGUCUUUGAUUACUUAGAUCUUAUUCUUUUAGAUCUGACUUCUCAUACAUGUCUGUAGCAAACUGAAAUAAUUAAAAAAAAACUGAACAAUACAAACAUUGAUGCUUGAUUUUCUGUUUACCAAAUUUUGCAGAAUAGUUUUAUAUGAACUCGUUAUGCAACCACCAUGUUUACCUGUUAAUUCAGGAAGUUAUGGUUUUUAUGGCUCGUAAAGCGGUUGAAAGCAUCAAUUGGAUUGUGGCUCGAAAACAACAAAAUUGAACACUUCGGAAGAAUGGUUUUAGUGAAGCUUGAAAAGAAAUUUGUUGAUAAUGUUUUAACAUCCCGAGUUGUGAUAUAUGAAAAAGCUUAAGAGAAUUGAUUUGGCUAUCUAUGUCACCAAAGUUGACUUACCUUUUCCGUCACACAUCCGUUUAGAAUUCCAGAGUUAAGCGUGCUUGAGCUGGAGUAGUGGAAGGAUGGGUGACCUAUCGGGAAGUGAUCCGCGAUAGCGUGCGAGUGAGGCCAAAGCAUGAAAAAAUGUCGGAUGGUGAUUGCACGGUCAGUAAACAAUGAUUCUAAGCCUUGGAAAAUUAACGAACCGACUGUCAGACGGGAUGGGACCCAUGGGCCGAGAGAACGGACGUGGGUGGCCAAUUAGCCGUGGGCGGGUCGGGCAUUAUAGAUGUUUGUGUGAAACGAAGAGCGCUUUGUAAAUAUGUGCUGAUGAAAUUAUUUUAAAGUUCACUUGAAUUAGGUGUAAGCAGUUUACAUGAAAAUGUGGCGAUCGUGGCUUUGAUUGAGGAAAGGUUUAAACAGAUACAUUUUAACUUUUUUUGUUCUCUUUUUUUUUUUCCAACUAAUUCUAAGCACAAACCGUAGACACCAAAUUUAAAUUACGUCAAAAAAAAUUUAAAUUAUAUAAAAGAGAAAUUCAGUGAGAUCAGACUUUUUCAUUUCAUUUUAUUUUAUUUAAAAACAAAUUCCAUGUGUCGAUAUUUGACUUAACAUUUUUUCUUGUUAUAAAAAAAUAUCACUUUACAAUUUCGAUACAAAUUAUAGUUACUUUCAGCUGAAAAUUAAUUGAAAACUAUAUUUUUUAUAAAUAAUUUUGUUUAUCUCAAUACUAUUGGUUAGAAAUGUAUAAUUAAUAACAACUUACAUAUAUUUCUAUCAGUUUCUUAAUCUAUGUGAAAAAUGUCAAAAUGACACUUAUUUAGAAACAUAUAGUAUAUUAUAUUUUCUUAAUAAAAGAAAAAGGAAAAAGUAUCUCAUUUUAAUAUAUGUUAAUACAUCAUUAGAAGUUGUCAUGUACAAAUUUGACAUACUUUCUGAAUGCUAUUUAUAUGCAUGGUGUCUAUUUAUAUGCAUGGUGUUAACAAUCUAACACCUAUUAGUUCAAGGAUGUUCUCAUAUUAUACUUCCCCUAAUAUCAGAAGAUUUGACGUAUUGCACUACAAUUACAAUACAAGAAACACUGCAAACCUUAUACAUACCAUUUCACAACUAAAUUUAGUAUGUGCGUAGAACAACGCAUAUUUAUGAACACACCACCUAGUACAAAUGUACAUUAUCUUUUGUUUCCAAAUAUGAUCUUAAUCUUCAUAAGAAUAAGGGUUGUUCGUAGCAUUAUCAAUUGCUAUGGUUAAGAUCUUUCUAUCUUUGGAUAUUAUUGAAGGUGUUUUCCUUUUGUAUGAGUAGAUCUGGAGUAUAUUCAAUCCAUUUCAAAAUCAUUCAGUGGAUUAGGUUUCUUUGGUGACAUGUGGAUAGAUGUUGCUCUUCGUCAUUUUCUUCUCGCUUGAAGAAAGUGAUUGGGAUUGAAUGUUUUGAGAUAUGAAGGUCUUCAAGGUUAUUUUGUUGAUGGGCUAGUCACCUCCAAUCUUUAAGCGGACUCUAUCCUCAUUGCUCAUUUCUGAUCCGAUUGUGGUUGGCUUUGGAUUGAGGUUUCGUCGAUCCUCCAUCUCUUCUCCUUCAAAGCUCUAGAUCCGGUUUGGUAGUUUUCCUCUUUGGAAGAUGAGGUAGGGAGUCGCAUGUUAUGUGGCAUCCUGGAGGUCCUUCACCUCAAAGGUUUUUCUCUAUUAUCUUCUCUAGAUCCAUCACUUAUUUCUUCUGAUAUUUUGUAACCGGUUCACGCUUGGAGAUGUGUGAGUUUUAUUUUGAUCUCAAGUCCAUAUAGCUGUGGGAUCUACUUUUCAUUGAUUUGGCUUAAAUCUUAUCGUUGUUUCUGUUUGAAGCUAUCCUAAUGGAUCAGUAUCUAUCAUAUUUGUCUAACAUUCCAUUUAUUCAAUAUAUUCUAUCAAACACAUUAACACAAAGUUGAUAAGAUACAUCGCAUCAAAAAGCCAAAAUAAGCUCUUGAAAAACACAUUUAAACAAUUUUAAAAUAUGAUAGAACAUAUAUGACUUCAAGAAAAAUCAGUGAUGAAGUUUACACCAAAAUUAGGUUGGUUUUUUUCAAUACAUUGAUACAAGAAUGAUUUUCUCUGUAUGUCUCUGAAGUUUCUUCUUAUCUACAUGUUUAAAUAUGGUGUCCGGUGUGAAUAUAAAAUUAAACUAUAAUAUAUAUGAGUAUUUAAUAUAGUAAAAUUUUAAAAUACUAUUUAUACUUUAACGAUAUAUUUUAUUCUAUAGAAAUGAUAUAUAAUAUAAUAAAGGAUUUUUAUUUAAAACAUAAUAUAUAUAUUUGAGAAAGAUAUGUUUUAAAUAGUAAUUUAUGGUGUAUGUGAAAAAUCUAAAUAUAUUAUUGUGCACGAUUAUUUGUUUACAACUAUUAUGGUAAAAGGUUUGAAAAAAUAAUUGACAUGGGAUUGAACAAGCUUAUUAAACAUAAUAUAAACAAAUAAAAAGAGAGAGGAGAGAUUCUGAUUCCAAAAUAUACAGAGGCAUAUUAGUCUAAAAUAUCAUUAAUAUGUAAUAUAUUAUAACAUUUUUGUUGAUAUGUGUAUUGAGUGAAUUUUAGUUUUCAAAAGAUUAUUUCAGGCAUUUUCCCUUAAAAUAGUCAAAAAAUUAUUAUUGUAACAACAAAAACCUCUUCAACAAUAUGCAGUCAAAUGGGAAAUUCUGUCUUUCCUUAUAAAAGCAGAAAACACAGUCACCAUAAUCUAACAUCCCUCAAACCUCUUCAACAAAAAACAAAAAAAAAUCUCACGCUCCCUCCCUCCGCCACCAUCACCAGCUAUGGGCUUUCCAUCUCCAUCAUCACCAGAAAAAUCCCCAGGGACCAUUCUGCUCGGUAAAUACGAACUUGGUCGCCGAUUAGGCAGUGGUAGCUUUGCCAAAGUCCAUGUGGCUCGUUCCAUCGAAGCCGGCGAACUCGUGGCCGUUAAGAUCAUCGACAAGAAAAAAACAGCUGAUGCCGGUAUGGAACCGAGGAUUAUCCGCGAGAUCGAAGCCAUGCGCCGCCUCCACAACCACCCCAACGUCCUCAAAAUCCACGAAGUCAUGGCCACCAAAACCAAAAUCUAUCUCGUCAUGGAACUCGCCGCCGGUGGAGAGCUUUUCACCCGAAUCCGCCGUUCCGGCCGCCUUCAAGAAUCUGCCGCGCGUCGCUACUUCCAGCAGCUAGCCUCCGCGCUAACCUUCUGCCACCGAGAAGGAAUCGCUCACCGCGACGUGAAGCCGCAGAAUCUCCUCCUCGAUAAGCAAGGAAACCUCAAGGUCUCCGACUUCGGUUUAUCGGCUCUCCCGGAGCACCGUAGCAGCACCGGGUUGCUCCAAACAUCGUGCGGCACACCGGCUUACACAGCUCCGGAGGUGAUCGCUCAGAAGUCGUACGACGGAGCUAAGGCGGAUUCGUGGUCGUGCGGUGUCUUCCUCUUUGUACUUCUCGCAGGUUACGUUCCUUUUGAGGACUCAAACGUUGUAACCAUGUACCGUAAGAUCCAACGGAGAGAUUACAAGUUCCCAAACGGGAUCUCGAAACAGGCUCGAUCCAUCAUCUACAAUUUGCUCGAUCCGAAUCCGGAAACGAGGAUGAGUAUCGAAGCUGUAACUGAAACCAAAUGGUUCAAGAAAUCCCUAGAAACCUCCGAGUUUAAACCCAAUGUCUUGGAAUCGGAUGAUCGAUUGGGUAAACUGAGAAGUGAUACGAUCACAGCGUUCGAUUUGAUCUCGUUAUCUGCGGGAUUGGAUCUAUCGGGGCUGUUUGAGAGGAGGAAGAGGAAGGAGACGAGGUUUACGGCGACGGUUUCGGCGGAAGGAGUUGUGGAGAAGGCCAAGACGAUAGGGGAGAAGUUGGGGUAUAGAGUGGAGAAGAAGAAGGAGGCGAUGGCUUUGGGGUUGGGAAAAGGAAGAACGACGGUGAUGGUUGAGGCGGUGGAGCUGGUGGAAGGUUUGGUUGUGGCGGAGGUGAAGGUGGUGGAAGGUGAAGAGGAGGAGGAGGAAUCUUAUUGGUCGGAGCUUAUUGUAGAGUUUGAGGAGAUUGUGCUUUCAUGGCACAGUGACGUAUCUGUUAAAGUUGAAAGUGACUUAGCUUAACUUUGAAGAUUCAAUUUUGUAAAAGAAAUUUGGGUAUGUAAAAUAUUACAGAUUAGUUCAUUUUAGAGUUAUCAAACCCUCAAAUCUCAAAUUUUAAGAUUUUUAGUUCUCUA